AUGCCCAUUGGUUAUUUCGAGCUCAGUAAUUUUGGAAAUCCGUUAGCAGCGUCCUGCAGCACCACCAGCGAGGCCAUCUCCAUUGGCAGGGCCAUGAAAGCCAAAUUCAUUCUGCUCAACCACUUCAGCCAACGAUUUGCACGUCUGCCCAACUUUGACACCUUCCAGGAGAACAUUGCUCCCACCUUUGACUUUAUGCGGGUAAGCUGCUGCAACCACCACCACCACCACCACCACCACCACCACCUGCCUCGCUACAUUUUUGCACUUAUUUUAUCCAUCUCAGGUGCAUUUUUGGGUCGUUAUAUUGCGUACGGUUUUACCUAUGUUUAA